GCCUCGUUGAGCAGUCUACGUACAGUUUAUAUAAAGGGACAUCGUUUUCCUGUCCAUUCAACGCGCCAGCCCUGAAAUGAAGCCUUAAAGACGGGGCUCGACAUCUCCGGGAGCCCACGAAGAUGCCAAGGAUCAUGACGAUGACGAUAAAGAGGACAACGACAACGACAAGCGAUCCUUGCUGUAGGCCCCAGACCCAGGAAGGUCACUGGCGCCAGGAACAUACCAUCAGGAAAAGGAACAGUUGGCAUCGCCAUCCGUGUGCACCGUACUGCAGUACAUUUCAGGUUUGCCGGUGGCCGAAAAUGGCAGCGGGGCUGCGAAGAGUGCCAGUACACAGUAAGCUACUGGAUCAUGAGGAGCCAAUUUCCUUGGGGAGCCGGAACAGCCGUGACUUAGCCAUGCUAAUAUCGGCCUGCGAUCGAAGGCGUUCAAAAUCAGCACACGGCUGACUGGGCGCUGCCUGUGCAACACGGUGGGAAGAUUGCUCCUUUUUUUUCCUUUUUCUCGCAAGGCGCUUUGAAAAGACGUUUUUCCUUGCAUCACUUUGCAGAAAUAUUGAUGCCCUUCGCAAUUGGCGGACCUGGUGUCCAGACGUUGAGCUUUGCGUGGCCUCUUCUCAUUGCCUGAGGACGAAUGCAACAUAUCUCGCUCAUGACACGCCGACUUGGGCCAUGGCACGAAUGAAGUCUGUAGAUUGCGAACAAACAGGCACAGCAGCUCUGGAUUGUCUGGAAAAGAACUCCGUCGCUUGAGUGCAGUGUGUGCUUGCGAUGAAUCAAAAGUCAAAAACCUGCUACCAGCCUUUUGCCAACGCUAAGACCCCUUUCCACCCUGCUGUUCAAAAAGUGAGGCGAAAGACCGGAUGUAGAACUUGACUGGACGCCUCCGUAUUCAUGAGAAUUUUUUAAAAACACAACGCUUUCAAAGAUCUGGACUUCAACGGAAGUGCAGGCCACCAAGAGGAACUGUGACUACCUCGUCCACAAUCAACGCAUCGUACGUGCCGAAAUCCUCUCCUCGACAACACUUGUCAGUCAUACCUCGAAACGGCCACCCCGUGCUACGAACAGCACGUGCACAAGCAUCAAUCACGAACUGAACGCGACCAUCACCACCCGACAGCAUCUAAGAUAACAAUCAUCUUGGGAGAACCCAACCCCCGCUUCAGAAUAGCGUAGUGCAUGUCGCCUGACUCAGCGCAACGGAACUUGCUUCAAGGUUCGUGUUCGCUGUGUUCUAUCUGCAGCUUGCCGACACCGCCCUCAACAGAAAAGGACCCCAAGCAUGCCUUGUGCUUUCGAGGACGUUGCAUAUGUACGACACAAGCGAUGCUGACCAAUUCCCGUUCCUAGUAUAAUCUACGCGCUGUCCGUUUGCGAUUGACCCUCGCUCGGGCCUUUUCUGCAAACAUCCCCCUCGCGUGUUCAGAACAGAUAUUCGGCAUCACGAUCCGUUCGAAAAGCGUAGUCUGGGUCACGUUGAGCAAGAGACGUUCUUGAGAACAAGGACGUCAACACAAAGAUGAACACGCAGUCGACCGGUCCGGCAAGAAGAAGUUCACGCAACAAAAUCUCCUGGCAGAGUCGCCGCUCAUUGCAUGACCAUACGCCCGACAAAUUGAACUCGCAGCCCCUGCCGUCUGACGCGCUACUCACCGCGUCUUCAGCAUCAAGCCGAAACUCUUCACCGAGACGCUCUGAGGGCAGUGCCCCGAGCCACGAUGGCAACCACAUGGUCAAUCGUUUCCUUGAGGAACUCUUUGGGGAGAACUCGAGAGAGCAACGUGAAUUCCGUACGGCACCUACGGUACCGCACAUCACAAGGCAGUCCCUCGCCGAGCUCGACAUAGCAAACAUCAUCAACAACAGCAAGCUGAGGCACGAUGUGAACUUUGAUCGGGAACUUCACUUUCGACCUAACUUGGACGGCGAGCGGGGGCGAGAGAAGCAACGAGCCCAGUAUCGGUACUGGCUGGCCGUCUCAGCCGAACUGCAUCUCGUCUUCCACAUUCUCAAGUCCGCGAUGGAUCCGAAGUCCAAAGCACAGCUCAUCCCUGAAUGCACCCAUCGUCUAAAAGGCAUGUUCCAGACGAUGAGAGACAUCAUCAAGAAUCUGGUGCCGAGUCGAGACCAAUCCGACGUCGACGAGCACCUGGACGUAAGAAUGCUCAUCCAGCAGGUCUCGCGAGGCACGCUCAACUUUGUCUCCAUCGCUGAAUGGACGGCUCAACUGCUCAAACGACACUGCGCACCUAUGCGGGACGAAAUGGUGGACAGGGUGGUGGAUAAAAUCAGGAGGCAAACUCCAGACUCGAUCACGGCAGGUCUCGUCGAUUUGUUCAACGUUUUGGAGGCCAUGAAGCUGGACGUCGCCAACCAUCAAAUCCGUCACCUCAGACCGCUGCUGAUCGAAGACACGAUCAACUUUGAGAAAAAGUAUCACUGCAGCCGCAUCCGAAAGUCCAAGUGCGACUGCAAGACGGCCCGAAGGUGGUUCGUCAGUGUGCGAGACAGUGCCGCCUUCAUGCAGACGUACGGGGACGAAGUUUUGCCAACCCGAGAUGUGAGAGCCUUUGUCAAGGGACUGUUAGACCUGUUGCUACCCAGCGCAACACCCUUGCCAGACACGUUCUCUCUCGACGCUGACAGAAUAAGGGCUUUGCAGGCGGACAUUGACGAGUGGAUACGGGAAUGGAUGUGCUGCGACGUGCUCAGGGACCUUGUCAACGAACGAGGCUCGACAUUAUCACAGCAAGACGAGGAUGCCUUCCUAUCUCAGCUUCGGAUCAUCGCCGGAGAUGCACCUGCGUGGCACGUUCGCGACGUGGACAACAUCGCUUGCGAGAUCGUCCGAUUUGCCCUACAAGUGACCAAAAGCGCUGAAAUGUUUGAAGCAGAGCUUGGUGACGCUAUCUCGGACAAGUUGCAUCUCUGCUUGUCAGCCCUCGCCAACGCAAGAUCUACUUCGACUACGCUACUGGAUCUAGAAGAGGAACGUGGCAAGGUCCCGCAGUACGGGAGUCAGAUAUUCGAGAAGCUCUAUCCAAAUGUCUGCCGCAAGGUGGAAGAGCUCAUCACCAGCUCUCCCUACGACGUCUUCCUCGAAUUGGUACCACCAUCUCAGCCUUCGCCUCUUGUCUCCACCCCGUUGAAGCUGCACCAGAGUGACAGACAGGAGGACCUGGAACGACGAAUAGCGCAUAUCGCGAUCUUGCACUGGAGAACAUGGGAGCAUCUUGUUUAUUGUAACGAAGAUCUUGACCGGGACGUCGAGGACACUCGCUCUGAGGUGGCGAGCGACAAUUCUGCCUCAGCAUCUGGCCGGUCAACUUCUCCAUCUGCUUCUCCAGACGAGUGAGUCUUCCAUACCCCACCCCCCUCCCCCCAACCCCAAGGUGGCUC